CAACCCCCAAAACCAACCAUUUUUACGUGUCAAGGCACCACAAGGCUGGCAAGGUCUGAGUAUCAUACAUUUUCGACACUGCAUUCUCCUUACUGUAUUAAUCAUUAACGGCAUAUGGCUGGAGUAAAACGAUCUCAUGACGGCAUGGAGAUUGCAUCAAGUUCCAGCUCUCCAUCUCCAUACAUCUCGCUGUUUGAGUCUUAUCGAUCAGAACUUGACCAGCAUCAUGACCGGAGGGAGAAAAUCAUCAAGGCAUCGAGAGACAUAACGGCACAAAGUAAGAAAAUUAUAUUUGCAUUACAGAGAGUUCGUGACCUUGGUCGACCAGUCCAUGUUUCAAUUGCCAAACAGAUAGAUCCCAUGUAUGCAACGAUAAAUACGCUGUUCGAAAGCAUUGUCCCCGACCUCCAAGGGAUUAAUGCACAUCGAUAUCGGGGCAACAUCACAGGCGGCAUCCAGGAAUUCAUGGAGGCUGUUCUUUUUCAUUCCUACCUCGAAACCCAAUGUCUCUUGACCCCCGAGGCAGCGCAGGCUAAACUCCCCCAAGGUAUCAUCUUGACGCACGAGGACUAUAUACUGGGUAUAUUCGACAUGACUGGAGAGUUGAUGCGAUUUGCCAUCACAUAUAUGGCUACCAAUGGUAAAUUGCCAGGAAGCACCCAAGACUCAGAGUCCUCGUCCAAGUCGUCCAUAUUGACAGACAUGCAAAGCUUGCGCAAUACGUUAGAACUCAUGGAUCCAAGUGGAACUUAUCCACUAUCCAAGGAAUUCUACAAGAAGCUGUCUGUCACGAGGACUUCAGUCGAGAAGGUGGAAAACGGAGUCUACAGCAUGAUUGUGCGAGGUCAAGAACGACCCAAGGGAUGGAGGCCCGACACCAACUUCUCGGAGGGACCGAGAGAAAGCGACCAGAUCGAGGGGUAUUGAUCAUGUAGAAGUAUAUUUUGUUACUCUCUGUCCUAACCAUUGUUUGUCU